AUGGACUGGGCGACAAGGGUCAGCCUUGCGGCCCAGGUCAUGACGGCGUUCAAGGUGAACAAGCUCUCCGGCAGUGCCAACUGGCGCAGCUGGGAGCUCGCCAUCGACGAGUACCCAUGCGUCCCUUGCCAAGCGGUUUACCCGAUGCUGCGCUCGACGUGCACGGUCGAGGUCAAGGAGCACAUCGCCGGCGUCACCUGCGCCAAGAAGGCGUACGCGAUCCUGCACAACACGUUCGGGCCCGCAUCCGUCGAGGGCAAGCGCUACGCUCUCGAGCAGGCGCGCAUCGAGGGCCUCGCGACGAUCGCGCAGUGA